ACUCUUAAAUUCUUCUAGAUCAGUUUCACCUCUGAGAUUCCCAAAUUUCUCGGGAUUUUCUUCUUCUUCUCCAUUCGUUAGAUCUUACCGAUUUGGACGACGUAAUCUGGAGCCCCUUUCCAACGGAAUGCUUUCGUCGGGAAGCAGAGUCGACGGUGCCACGGUGGCGGCUGCAUCGAUGGAAGGAGUGAUGACGGAGGCGCUGAAGUUAAUUCAAUCGGCGUCACCAACCUGGAAAUCAGCCGUGGCUAACAAUUUGUUGAUAUUUGUUCUCGGUUCACCGCUUCUUGUUACUGGAUUGUCCGCUUCUGGGAUCGCCGCCGCGUUUUUGCUCGGUACUUUAACUUGGCGAGCUUAUGGCUCUGCUGGUUUCCUCUUAGUCGCUGCUUACUUCGUCAUAGGAACAGCGGCAACAAAGGUUAAAAUGACGCAAAAGGAAGCACAAGGUGUGGCCGAAAAGAGAAAAGGCAGAAGAGGACCACGCAGUGUGAUUGGUUCAAGUGCUGCUGGUUGUGUCUGUGCUUUUCUUUCAAUAUAUCAAGUGGGAGGAGCAGCUUUUUCCCAGCUUUUCCGGCUUGGUUUUGUUUCCAGUUUCUGCACUAAAGUGUCUGACACCGUCUCAAGUGAGAUAGGCAAAGCUUAUGGAAAAACAACGUAUUUAGCUACGACAUUUAAGAUUGUACCAAGAGGAACCGAGGGAGCUAUGAGUAUUGAAGGAACAUUGGCUGGACUUUUAGCAUCAUUUUUUCUUGCAUCUGUUGGCUGUUUCCUGGGUCAGAUAACCCCUCCAGAAGCAGCUGUAUGUGUACUAGCUUCCCAGAUUGCCAAUCUUGGAGAAAGCAUAAUAGGUGCUUCUUUUCAAGACAAAGAAGGAUUCAAAUGGCUAAACAAUGAUGUAGUCAACGUGAUCAACAUAAGCUUGGGAAGCAUCGUGGCGAUUUUGAUGCAACAGUUUAUACUCCAGAAUUGGGUCAAGUAAAACCUGUCACGAAGGUCAUGUCAUGUAUUCUCAGCGAGGUUAGAUUUUUUCUUCUUUUUUCUUUUGUUAAACACAGCCUUACGUAUUCAGUGGUGCUGUAAAUUACACUCUGUUGUGUACAAUUUAGUAGUCCAGCAUCAAUGAGAAGAUAAAAACUUCUGGGACCCUUGUCUAGCAAUUAUUGGAUGAUAUGUAUUUGAAUUAAGUUCACCUUUGAAA